AGCCCGCUGGGCCGGCCGAGUUUUGGAGUGAGGGGGACGCAAAUCCGAGUGCAGCCGCUGGAAUGGCCACAGUUGGGCCGAAAGACGGCGUACGAUAGAGCGGGACCCCCACGUAAGGACACUGCAUCGUACACCGGCUCGCCCUAACGAUCUGCAAUGCGCGGCAUCGGGUCAAAAAGGUCUUAGGAAUUGCUUGUGCUCCAGGAUGUGACAUGAAGAAGUGGCAAGACAGGAGUGGUCCCCACGAGCUUUUGGAGCAGCCACAGCAUUCAUGGAUGGGGUUGGAACCUUUAACCAUUUAAUCCCCAGUGACCAGUUGGAAGAGUCGUUGUUAAUAGGACAGAACUUGGAAAGCGAAGCGAGUGAUGAGUUUGGAACUGGUCACCACGUGCUGCAAGACUCGUUGAAGAAUAUGCUCAGUGACAAGGAUCCCAUGCUUGGAUCUGCAAGUGCUCAGUUUCACCUUUUGGAUAAUGAGGACGCCGGCUAUGAGAUUGCUGAUUCAGCAGGUCUGGCCGGGAUGAGUAAGUCAAAAGGUACGUGUGGUGUUUCCAGGUCCCCUGCGACUCGACCCAAGGGCCAAAGGGGCCGGCCGAGGAAGAGCCCUGCCCCUCUGACGAGGAAGAGCCCUCCCACUCUGCCGAGGAAGCCUUCCCAUGAAGUGGACCAGGAGCCUGUGAAAUCUGGCUUAAAUCCAGCCAGUAGUACAGAGGCUGUCAGCAAACCGGCCAGCAGCAGAGCCACCAGAAGAUGUGACAGGAGAGGAGGAGUCAAACAGCAGCAACAGGAAGCAGCGGAAGCACAGGAAGACCCAGCGGACAGCUCCCAGGAUAAGGAGGAAGGAGCUGGGAAAAGCGCAGUUUGCAGCAAAGUCAGACCGUCGAUGAACCCUGUCGUGGUGUUAAGGCGUCUGACUGUGACUGUAGGAGGGUACAAAAUUGAGCUUCUUCCAGGACCUUCCAAAUCCCCAUCCACCUCAGCCCCGGGUGCAAUACCUUCUCAGGUCGUCUCCGAUGCUUCGGGGAGUGUUGAGGGUGUGAACUUGUCAGCUGCACAAGAUGGGGCUGUAACAAUGGCAGAUGGCAAAGUGGUUGAACAUUUGACCUCCGUUCAGGACGUAGGGAAGUGUGGCACAGCUGAAGCCCCUGCUGAGCUGGGACCUUGCGUGAAUCCCAAUGAAGUGCAGGAAGGCUCUAAUGUGCUGUUAAGCACUAGCCAUCAAGCCAUGGAUGUGUGCACGGCAGAGACUGAAGCGAAUAACCCGUCAGAUUUACAACAGCCAGAUUCAGGGAGCGUCAAGGAGCCUAAGGGUAUAAACUCAGGUGAAAGUGAAUCCCGGACAUGUUCAGAUGCUAACAAAUCGGUGCUGCUUGAUACAGCAGCUGGCAAAGACGGUCAGGACCAAAAGCCUCCUGCCCACAAGCAGCUAAAAUUGAAGCAGUCACCAGCAUCUCCCAAGAAGAAGACCCUGGAGCCCAGCACCUCAAAGAGAGCUGGAGGAGAGCCCAAGACCCCUCAACCAAAAAAUAUGGCCAGGGGUGACAUCCAGGACAUGCAAGCCAUCAAAGGCAAGUCUGUUGUCAUGGGCGCUAAAAGGCGCACAGAGCAUCUCCAAACCUACCCGCCUUCCAAAAUGCCGAGGGUGCCAGGUAAGAGGUUGGCCAAACCAGAUGUUGGCCCCAAGCUGUCCAGUCCAUUUCACCCUGUGGUUAAAAGGCUUCUGCCUGGAACGGUCAGUGCAGAUGGAAGUCAGAAACGGCAUCCUGGUACGCAGGCUGGGAAUUCCAAAUCCCCCCAUCUUCCAUUUGGGCCCAAGCCAGCCCACCCCCAGGUGGCCGUAGCCAAACCUGCCCACCUCCUGAGGGAGCCGUCGGAGGACGACGAUCAGGAGAAGUUCAGAGCAAAGAAGCAGCCGGAAAAGGCCUCACAAAGACCGAGGAGCAAAAGUGGCCGGAGCUUGUCUGUGGACGAGCCCCCGCUCUUUAUCCCAGAUAAUGCUCCCCUGCUCAAAAAGGAGGCUGCUGAGGAAGAACUUGCAGAAGGAGAGACCAUCUGGGAUCCGAGCAAGCAUUGUGGUUUCUGCAGAAAGCCUCACUCUAACCGGUUCAUGGUGGGCUGUGGUCGCUGUGAUGACUGGUUCCAUGGUGAGUGUGUGGGGCUGGACUUGGCAAAGGCCCAGCAGAUGGAGAAGGAGGACCAAGAGUAUGUCUGCCUUAAGUGCUGCGCUGAGGAGGAUAAAAAGGUUGAGUCUGAGGACCACGGGGCAGCCUCUGUUGAAAGGCAGGUCAAAGCGGAGCAAGCCCAAGAGAACAAGCCUGCUGUCAGAUAUGAGAAGAUCAGCCACCAGCCAUCAGCCACGGCCGUCAGGAAGGACUCUCUGGAAAGGAAGUCUCAAGAAGACAGAGAUGGAGAGAGCAGAGCAGCAUCUGCUUCGGACCAAAAAGCACAUGUGCCCAGGCGCCCUCACGCUUCAGGGGACGCGACGCACAAGAUCGGAGCGCAUGAUCGGCAGGAGGCAAAGAAGGCAAAGACAUCUCCCGCGGCCUCCAAGAAGCCUUCAGUUGAGCAGAUCAGGAGGAAUGUGCGGGACUCCCUCAAAGACAUCCUCCUGAAGCGACUGAAUGAGUCUGACCUGAAGGUGUCCACAGAGAGGGCAGCGAACGUGGCCAGCAAAACGGAGAAGGAACUUUUUGCCUUCUUCCGGGACACGGACAGCAAAUACAAGAGCAAGUACCGGAGCUUGAUGUUCAACCUCAAAGAUGCUAAGAACAAUGUAUUAUUUAAACGGGUUCUCAAAGGUGAGAUCUCCCCUCACCAUUUAAUCCGAAUGAGUCCGGAAGAGCUGGCCUCCAAAGAGCUGGCUGCCUGGAGACAGCGGGAGAACCGGCACACGAUUGAAAUGAUAGAAAAAGAGCAGAGGGAGGUGGACAGGCGGCCCAUCAUAAAGAUUACACACAAGGGUGAAAUUGAGAUUGAGAACCAAGAGCCAGAGAAAGAACCGGAACCUGCCAAUAUUGAGCCUGAGCCGGUGUCGAAACCACCAGAAGAACCCGAAAUGGCCCCCCCAGAACCUGAACCAGAGAAUACUAAAGAUACAACCGCCCAACACAAGGCUCACCUCUUUGACUUGAAUUGCAAGAUCUGCACAGGUCGGAUGGCUCCUCCCGUGGAAGACGCCACCACCAAGGUGGUGAAGGUGGCCACUACAGUGGUGCGGAGGCAGACGAGCACGGAGGGGGAGGGCCAGACCAGUGCCUCAUCUCCGUCUGAGGAUCUGCCCUUCGGUGCCAUGGAAGACAGCUUGGUCAGCCCCAGGGUCUUGUCUUCCAUCGAUGAAAGGUUAAGUGGCAGGGAAGAUGAAACCACCUUUUUGGACCGCUUGGAGUUGCUGUGGAAGGGGUUUGUCAACAUGCCCUCCGUGGCCAAGUUUGUCACCAAGGCCCAUCCUGUUUCGGGUGUCCUGGACCACCUAACAGAGGAUCUGCCUGAUAGCAUCCAGGUUGGUGGAAGAAUCUCGCCACAGACAGUGUGGGACUAUGUGGAAAAAAUCCGGGCUUCUGGAACCAAAGAGGUCUGUUUGAUACGAUUCAGUCCUGUCACAGAGGAAGAUGAGAUCUCCUAUACACUGCUCUAUGCCUACUUCAGCAGCCGUAGACGUUACGGCGUGGUGGCUAACAACAUGAAGCACGUCAAAGACAUGUACCUUAUCCCUCUGGGAGCCUCAGAGAAGAUCCCACACCAGCUGGUCCCAUUUGAUGGGCCAGGGUUGGAAGUGAACCGUCCAAACAUUCUCCUGGGAUUAAUAAUUAGACAGAGGGUCAAAAGGGACUUUGGAGUCCUCUUGUCUGUGGACAUUCCGGAAGCCUCGUCUGCAAGGUUUCUGCCUGAGAGCCGGACCAAGCUGGAUUCCAGUAGUGAGAGUGGAAGUGCCCUCACUGGUGAGGACUACCUGAACUCCUUGAAGGCAGCACGGUCUACCGAGGCCACAAACCCACAACAGUCAGCUGUGAGUGACACCAAAACUGGGAAACUGCAGCCGGAAGAGGCCCCAUUAACCACAGAGGGGAACCUCCAUGAAACUGCCAAACCGCUUCGCUUCCUCCCGGGGGUGCUGGUCGGUCGGGAGGGGCAGCCCUGUGCCGACACUGCGUCCAGGCCUCUGGGAGCAGUCGACGCUCCUCAGGGUCUAUCGGGCAGCACGGAGGAGGCGCCGAACAGGCAGGCUCUGCCGGGGGAUGGUACAGGGAGGGGUAACGGCUUCAGCAGAAGCCCAGCUUCCAAUGGCCUUCGGCUUGACCGCUUCAUUAUAAAGAAGAAAGAGCCAAAGGGCAGUAACCCUGAGCCACAACAGAAAACAGCCAGUCUGGAAGACUCUUUGGCUAAGGGACUAAUCAGUGACCCUAACACUGCCACUGCUGAGAGACCUUUGAAGGCUGAACCUCCAGCUGAUUCAGAAGGUGUCGUUCCAAACCUGCCGAAUCGGGUAGGCCAAGGGCUCGAUAAAGCAAGUAAGGUCGAUUAUAUGGGUCAAGAAGCCAAACACGAAGGGCUGACUUCAAUUUCCACAACCACAUCAAACUCUGCCCUCCCCGAGACACCCAGCAUGACGUCGAAAGCCAGCCCUUCGGGUUCAGCUGCUGGCCCGAUGCAGUCUCCGAGUGGAAUCCUGAAGGCCAGCUCUGAAACGCUGGGUACCAAACCAUCGUCAGCAGAAGGAGAUACCAAGCAGGAGGCCGCCAAAGCAGACAGCCAGCUCGUUUCACAAGAGCAUCCGCUGGCAAGUGGGCCAGAUGUAGGUACGCAGCCAGUGCCUCACCAGCCAGCAAAAGACACCCAAACCAUUGGCACCAUCUUGUCAUUUGGUAAAGCUGAAGACUGUACUCCCCGUCUGGUUCUUCCCCCCAACCCGCCAACACCCGUUUUUAGUCAUGUUGGUCAAGGGCUACCAGUAGCUACGUUCCCUCCAGGCCCAGAUGCAGAGGUUCAGUACCAGCAAGCCCCUACACCUCUCUUCCAAGCCCCAGACCAACAGGCACAGUCAGGGUUCACCUACACUGGGGCACCUCCGCCGUUUCCGCAGUCGAAUCCCUCACAUCAGUAUCCCAGCGCAACGUGGCCCAGCACACCAGCUGUGGGUUUCGAGCUCUCCCAACAUGUCCCAUCUGGGCCCCCACUAUCUUUUGAUGCAUCGAGGACCACAGAGUCCUCAAAGUCACUGCCUACACCCAAGGAGGACAAGGCACCAGAGCAAUACCAGGGUGACCCUUGGGAUCGGCAGCCACGGCAAGCCGAUGACGGCUACAAGCGGGAGAGCAGUGACCAACACGGCCAGCUAAGGCACCACGGCGAGACUCACCACGAGAAGAAGGGCAGGCAUCACGACCGAGAGCAUGGGAAGUCCUGGGAGCACCAGUCAGAGAAAGGCGGACACUGGGAAAGGAGUAGGAGCCGGAGCCGGAGCCGAGAGCGUCACCGUGGACAUGAUGACAAGCACAGGGACAGCCGGGCUCGCCACCGAAGCCGGAGCGGCAGCGAGCACUCCAGGAGCGAGCGACACCACCGGCAGCAUGGCGAGUGGGACAAGCACCGCGAACGGGACCGUGACAAGCACAGGAGAGAGACUUACGACAAAGGGAGGCGGAGUUCAAGAGAUGGGGCCAAGGAUGGACGGUCAUGAGGUGUACCCCCCUCCCCCCACUGUCCGUGCCAUCUUCCCGGGAAAUUCCUUUCUAUUGUCACACUUCCCGACCGUUUAGGGCAGUCAUUUCAGUAAGAAUAAUUACAUGUUCAUUACGCAGUGAAAGCUUUUUUAAAAACUAAUAGUAUGAGUUGCUGUUUUGUUUUUUUGAAAACUGCUGUACAUUUUGUAGUUCAUAUUUUUAAGCGCUUCACAUAAUGAGCUACUGACUUUAGAGCUGGAGGUUUUGACUGACUGGUUUUAACGAUUCUGCGCCAUAUGUAGUGAGCUUCUUCAGUGCAUGAACCUGAACCUGACCCGGGCUGGGGGGGGGGGGGGGUGGCGAAACGUAUGUAAUUAGAAAUAAGGACUCCAGAAUGCAGCUGUGCUGAAUAUGCCUACUCCUUUGUAAGUGCACCACUAAAAUAAAUGUUUUUCUAUUUGUUCCUAA